UCGACGUGCACAAUGGUGACGUUUACCAUAUCAUUAUGGCGGUAGCCUGGACUAUUUUGAAUUUUGCUCCGCUUUUCGAAGUUUAUAUAGCGUCUAGUUGGUAAAACGAUAUGUUAAUUGGACAAGAACACAAAAUAAGUGGAUUGCUAUGAUGGAUUCUGUUGUGGGGGACGAUAUGACGCUCCCCGUUGAUAUCAACGGAAGCUGCAGACUACCAGACUCCAUAGAUGCUGGAGAAUAUUCCACAGACAGCAUGACAGCUCCUUCUUUUCCUGACAAGAUGUCCCCCAUCAAAGCUCUUACCAUGAAGGACUAUGAAAAUCAAAUCACAGCCCUGAAGAAGGAGAACUUUAACCUGAAGCUGCGCAUUUACUUCAUGGAGGAGCGCAUGCAGCAGAAAUGUGAUGACUCCACUGAGGACAUUUUUAAAACGAACAUCGAGUUGAAGGUGGAGUUGGAAUCUAUGAAGAGAGAGCUGGCAGAGAAACAAGAGCUACUCAUUUCAGCUUCUAAAGCAUUGGAAAGUCUAGCUGGUAGAGAAUCAGGGGAACCACAGCGUGUUAGAGAGCAAGCUCAGAGGGAUAUGGACACGCUCAGAGACUCAUUAAAUCAGAGAAUAGCUGACUUGGAACAGUGUCUGCGAAUAGCAGAGGAAGAGGUUGAGAAGAUGGCAGCCAUUGCAGAGCAGGAAAAGCUUAGGAAUAUAAACAUGGAGAAGCAACUCCAAGUCCUUGCGCCAUCCAGUACCUUCGGCCCUGUUCCUGGCCAUAGCCCAGUCCAAGACCUGCAGCAGGCUCUCCAAGAAAAAGAUGGUAUCAUCGAGCAGCUCAAGAUCUCAUUAAAGAACCAGGAAGCCUUGAUUCAUCAGAAUGGCAACAGAGAUGAACAGACAGAUGCACCGACAGCAAAACGGCUAUCUGACCUCAUAGUAGAGAAGGACCGGGAACUAAAGGCACUUAGAGAUGAGCUACAUCGAGAGAAGGACAAAACACAGCCAGACCAGCAGAAGAGUGACGUUAAUCGAUUGGAGUCUGUCAAUAAACUGUUGACUGAAGAACUUAACCAGGUAAAAAGCACCAAUGAGAACUUAACAAGAACAAUGGAGGAUUCUCAGAAUCAGAACAAGACACUAUUGGGGAAAUUGGAGGAAAAGGAGAAUGAACUAAACUUUGAGACGAAAAAUGCUCUAAAACGAGAUAAAACAAUCCAGGGGCUCACCCAGGUUCUCAGAGAAAAAGAAAAAGAGAUUGCAGAGCUCUGUCAUGAGAUUGAGGAUAGGGAUGAUGCUUUGACCAAGGCCAGAGAGGCGGCACAUAAAGCCCAACUGCAGAAAUACCAGGGAGUAGAGGAACACCAAAACCUGUUAAUGGAAAAGCAAACAGAAUUGGCACAAUUGCAGGGGGAACACCAUGCCAAGGUGCUUGAAGCCCAAAAACUACAACGCGCCCUGGAAAGGAAGGAGCAAGAGCUGGCUGAUUUGCAGCAGACGAAGGACCAGCUUGAGGUGGAACUAGAAGACAUGCAACAACAGAAGAAAAAAGGAGACAAAGCCCUAAAUGAUCUUAACAAUCAGUUGAAAAAGCUGAGUGGUGAGAUAGGGGACAGGGAGAGUGCUCUUGAGCAGCAGUAUCAGGACCUGCUGGACCAAACCAAAAGAAAACUGCAGAGCCAUGAAGUCACGAUCCAGCGUCUCACAUCCACACUGGCUGAUAAAGAGCAGCAGCUACAGGAGUUCAUGAACAUGGUCAGAGACUUUGAACAAAGCAAAAGUCCUGGCAGUAACGAAAGCGUCCUUGCCAAACUGCGACAAAGGUUAAAAGAAAAGGAGAUUGCUCUGGAGCAAACUCUGGAUGAAAAAUUUGCUGCCAUUGAGGAGAAAGACAAUGAGAUUCACCAGCUGCAGCUGUCACUGAGAGAAAAGGAAAGGGACUUGGAUAGACUAAAUAAUUUGCUAACUCAUAACGAAGAAACCAUCAAUAAUUUUGACAGUCUAAUCAAGGAGAAGGAUGUGGAGCUGCAGCAUCUUGCAAACACACUGAAGAACCUGCAGCGAGCCAAGCAAGAUGUGGAAGAUAACCUGAACAAGUCACUGAGAGAGAAAGACUCUAUCAUCAACCAGCUACAGCUCUCCCUGGAGGGCAAGACAAAGGAUAUGGAGAAAAUGGCUGAAUCCAUGCUGAGCCAGUCACAGACUCAUGCACGGGACCUCGCUGAACAGAUGGGCCAGAGGUUGAAGGUCACAGAAGCUAUGUUGGCUGAGGCUGUGAAAGCCAGAGAAAAUCUAAUUGCUGACAAUGAGAGUGCGGUAGAAGGGCUUCUUGCUACAAUUAGCAGCAAAGACCAACUUCUAAAGGAGUCUGCUGAGCGCUUCAACCGCAUGCUGUCUGAGCGUUCUCAAGAGAUUCAGGAACUCAGGAAGCAGCUCGCUGACAAGCAACAGCAGCUUGCCAAUGCUGAGAAGCAAAGCUCAUCAACAGCCCAGGAGAGUUAUUUAGAGACUGCAGAACUCAGAGCCCAGCUUGAGGAAAAAGACAGCCUCAUCAACAAGCUUCUGCAGCGUGGUCAGGAGAGGGACCAGUUCCUGGCAGAGAUGAGUCAGAGGGUGGAGUCAGAUCAUGUGUUGGAGCUCAGGCAAACCAUCCAAAUCAUGCAAGAGAAGCUGGACGAGAGGGAAGCCGAGCUAUCCAGAAGAAACAGUGGGGAUUAUCCGGAGAACAUUCCAGUUUCCAAGAAACCAGUUGUUGUCCUGAAGAAGGAGUUGGCACAGAAAACUGAAGCACUGAAUAAGGCACUGAAAAGGGAAAAUGAACUAAAGAUUUCACUGGCUGAGCUCCAGUCAUUGUUGUCAGAGCUGGAGGGUCGCAGUGAAGGACAGGUUGCUAACAUUGAGUCCCUGACUGCCACUCUGAAGACCAAGGAGGAGAUUAUCAGCGAUCUCCACCAGCGCCUCGGUCAGGGAGGUGACAGUCGAGCUGACCAUACCCAGGAUCACGUUAUUGGCUCUGGAAUGGAGAGAUCUCUACCUGUACUGCCUCAGAGAGAGAGAACCAUGAUAGGGGGAGACAGGCAGCAAGAAGUUUUACCCAACAGGAUAACCUUGCAACAGGAGCACAGUGCUCUAAACAAAGCCCUGAGAGCUGAACAACAGCUCUACUCUAGCUUGGUCAGGACUGUGAAGGAGCAGGACAGUGCCCAGCGUCUCCAUGCUCUGCAGCUGGAACUGACAGCAGUGCAGCUUCUCAGGCAGCAGCUGGAAGACAGCAUCAAAACUAAUGAGGAGCUAAGGGAUGACUUGGAGAGAGAGAUUAACAGGGCCAAACUGAGAGAAGGUAUGGAUCUGAUUGAUCCUAAAGAACUGGAGAGCAUGAGACAUCAGCUGGAGGAUGCCCAGCGCUGGAACGCAUCUCUGCAGGCUCGCUUAGGGGCAAUUCAGAACCGGGGAGGAGGUGUUGGUGGAGCCAAUGAUGGUGGGGACACUUUGAGUUUCAUUGGGGACCAGACGUCCUACAUGAGUAUCUGUUUGGGAGAAGCACCAGAUGAAAGCUUGUCUCAGCUCUCUGCUCAGGAGCUCCAACAGAAAGUGCUCGAUCUACAAGACCAUAUCAGUGGACUGCAAAGUUUAAACGAUGACCUGCAGAGCCGAUUGUCAUUGAUGGAAAAGUCUGAGAGGGAUGCUCUCGGAGAAGGCAAAGACCUGACCAGCAGAAGCCAGUGCAAACAGCCGCAUGAGAAGACUUAUAAGCUCCAGCCACUGUCCCCCAGUACCAGGGGACAUCUUCCUGGUCAAGAUAAGGAAUGCCAAAUGAGCAUCAACCAAGGACAGAUGUCAUUGGAAAAACAAUUUGAUGAGGAGGGCACAGACAGUAGGCUUGGCCAGAGUAGAGAACAUGAUCACUCUGACAGCCACCUCUGGGACAGUGGAGAUAACGAUUCUGUAGAGAGGAACAGAGACGUAAUUGCACUUCAGUCUCUGUUGACUGAUUGUGGGUCCUCCUCAGUUUUGCAGCUCAGAGGGGAACUUCUCCAUCUUAGAUCAGAAAAUUUGGAGCUACGGGGUCUUCUGAAGGAACAGAAAUCUACUGAGUGUAAAGAGAAAGAGAGCAUAGAUGCUUCAGGCAACAGCAGUGAUGGACAGGCUGAAUUGAGAAAGAGUUCAGAAACACUGCAAGCAGCAGCUGAAGAGGUUUCUAAAGUCAUCAAACUGUCAAAAGAAAGAGGAGAGAACAAAUCGGAGGAGGUGUCAGAUGGGGAAACCCCUGUUAGUACUGUCAGCACUGCAGAUGAGAUGGGCAGACCAAAAACUCAGUAUCAGUCGCACCACAAGAGCACAAAGGAGCACGUUACAAGAUAUAGGGCUGGUGUUAAAUCUCGUCUUCCUGUGCCUGUGAGGCUAAGAGUGGAGGCUAGCGGCAGCAGGCAGCCUAUGAGCUCUGACCAGCUGCAGACUGAGUCACAUCAGCACCUUAAUGAGGAUGACGUCUAUGGUUCUGAUCAGCAGUUACAUAUUGACUCUGACUCCUCCACAACACUCCAGCACAGCACUUUCCCUUCCUCUGCCUUCAGAAAUGUUCACCGUAGCUGCAGUCCUGCAGGGUCUGAAAAUGACUCUGAAGCUAGAAUAUCAGUGGAUCGCACCCAGGCUGACUCUGCCCUUUUCACUCAGCUAGAGCUUCUUCACCAGGAGUGUCAGGAAAAGGAGGCCUUGAUUAACAAGCUGAGUGAGCAGCUUGCUGAUUGGGAAGAGCUACAUGCUCAGCUUCAAGAAAAGGAGAGACUUAAUCGCCAGUACACAGAGGCCUUACAGGCUGCUCAGUCCACCAUUGCUUACCUGACUGCCUGCAGUCUGGACAGCCAGGGUAGAUUUGGUUUACAUGCUGGUUCUGGUUCUCUGGAUUCUAACGCUGCUCUCUACAGUAGACACAUGGAGCUGCAAAAAUCUUUGCAGGAAAAGGAGGAGCUCAACAACCAGCUUAUUGAACUUCUGGACAUGGCAGAAAAGGCCAUCAUCUCUCAAAGCCAAGAAAAAAAUCCAGACAUCACUGAUCUUUGUUCAAGAAUAGAGGAUGCAUUACAGCAGGUUAAUGCAUCUUCAAAGGAAGUUAGCCCAAGAGGGGUGUUUGGAGGUAACGAGGACUUGCUGCAGGAGCUGCAGCGGCAUGCAGACUCUUUGCAAGAAGCACUUUUGGAACAGAAUAGACUCAAUGCUGAACUUCAGGAGCAGUUGAGGGCUGCAAAUGCUGCUGCACAACGUGGCUGCAGCAGUGACCUAUUUGGUAUAAAUAGCACCACCUUAAGGCAGAGAGCAAAAACAGCAGAGUCGCUUGAUGAAAAUGAGUCAAAGGAACACAGUGAUGCAGUGGGAGGUUCUGCUGACUUCAAUUUAAAUCUAGAUAUGUUUAAAGCUCUCAUGAAUUGCUUUAGUGCUGCAGAGGCUGCAGUUGCUUCCUUAGCAGCUCACUGUGUAAAUACUGGCCACUUGGCCACUGGUAAGUCAUCACAGAUCAGCCCUGAGCUACAGAUAAAUUUGGACAAACUUCAGCGAGCCCUGCUAGAGAAGAGACAGAGGGGGGAACCUGCCCAGCUAAGAAACAAACCCAGCAGCAGUUUGCUCCCCGCUUCUACUGAGACAGAAGGGCAGACGCUCCAUCAGGAUCUUUGUCUCCUCUACAAAGUUUUCAGUGAUUACUCUAAGAGGAUAUCUGAUCUCCAGCCUUCUCUGCAAGAAGAGGGGGACCGCAGAGGGGAGAGCGAAGCCCACAGGACUGUACAGGAUGCCAAGGGAUUACCACCAAAUGUUCAGGCCCAACUGGAGACUUUACAUAAGGCCCUGAGGGAGAAAAAGAAAGCAUGUAAAAGCCUGGAGGAGAAACUUGCCACUGCUCUUACCAAGACAUCCUCCCCUGAAACUGCACGGAAAGCUCCUGAGCAGGGUGACAAAGGCGUGCAGGUGGAUUUGCAGGACCUGGGUUACGAAACCAGUGCCAAGAGUGAGAACGAUAGGGAAGAGAGCAGUAGCACAGAUUUAGAGGUGAGUGUGAAACCAAGUUGCAGUACCUCCAGCCUGCCUUCCCUCUUGAAACAUGAACAGGCCACCUUCUCCUCGACUGAAAAUUUGUACUCCACCUCCAGUACUCCAUACCCUAGCUCCCCAGCUCUCAGCUCAGCCAAAGUCAGCCUGAAAAGUUUGCAGGUAUAUGAUGAGUAUGGUGCUUCAGAGGACCCUCUGCAGCUUCAAGCACAAGUCAGAGAACUGAAAGCCCAGCUUGAAAACCAGACCAAACUCAUCCUUCAAAUGCAAAGUUUUCUGCGCAGGAACUCUCUGUCUGGUGACCUAGUUGCCAGCACCUCUGACGCAUCCAUCAACAGGGAACAAGAAGGCACACACAAAGUGGACUCUAGGCAAGAAACAAGCUACAGAGGUGGGCAACUAAGGGAGAAAAAGGAGGAUGAAACACAGUCAGUGAGGGAUAAAACCAACCGUCUAAAUGUGGAUGUAGAAAGAGACAAAACACUGAACAGAAGCACAAGUGAGCAACUGCAGCAGACCCGCAGCCGCUCUACAUCGCCUGCUAGACUGGAUUCUCUGGUCCAGUCACAGGCCAGAGAGCUGUCACAACUGAGGCAGCAGAUCAAGGAGAGCCGCAGGUUGGGAGUCCAGCAGCGUCGACAGUUGGAGGAGCUGAACAAAGCUUUCAAAGAACUGCUGCAAGCAGGUGAAAUUGACCGCUGCAAGGAGGAGGUGGUCAAACAGCAGCUGGACAAGAGCCUGAGCAUCCUGGACAGGCUGGAAGGACGGCUGGACAAAGGAGAAUCUCAUCUGGAUAAUGAAGACGUAGCCACUCUUGAACUCUCUCGCAGUCUUGGGGAGCUUCCCCAGACGUCACAGUUGCUUCUCUUUUAUGAGAAGAGCAUGGGAGACCCUGCUGACAGCCCGUCUAGAAUCCAGCAAGAAAUAGAUUAUCUGCGUCUGGAGCUAGAGGGCGAGAGAGAGCUGCUGCAGCAGCACAUGAGCCUCCUCGUCCAUCAAAACCUCACCCUGGCCGAAUCCACCAGGGAGCAGCUGGAUCUGUUGGCUAAGGAGCUGCAGGAGAAGAAUCGAGUCAUCCAGAGCCUUCAAAGUCAGAUCAAGACCCAAAGUCCCAGCAGCUACAACACUUCUCACUCACAUUUGUACCACUCAGAGAAGACCUCUUCCGCCUGCCACAGCAGCCCCAUCACACAAGGUGGCAGUCGAGCACACGGCCAGAAGCACCACACGGAGUGGUCAGGAACAGCUGCUUCUGCUGUAGGAGGAGCUCAGGAAGAAGGUGUGUCAGGCCACAAGGAUGCUGCCAGCAGACUGCAGGGCCUGCAGAGGGAGAACGGGCGCCUGCAGGAGCAGCUUAGAAGCAGCGAAGAGCUCAACGCCACCCUACACAGUGAACUGGACCUGCACCGCUCAAUCAUGGCCCAAACUAGCUCACACCGCCAGGAACAAGGUCAAGACCAGGACCAAGAGAUGUCAGAACCACAGGCAGGAGCAUAUAAACAAGACAGAGACACCAGCUUGCUACAAAAUUCUGGAGAGCCAUCUCACGCAGUGAAUUCAGACCUGCUUUCAGAACAUCUACAGGAAAUCAGGGGUUUGAGGCAACGCCUAGAAGAAAGUAUUCGCACCAACGACCGCCUCAGGGAACAGCUGGAGAAGAGGCUCAAUGAGAUGGAGAAAGACCAAGCAUCUACAAACAUCUUUAUCCAUGGCAAUGAAGAUCAAAGUCAACUGGCUAAUGAAAUGAGAUUUCUCUGGGGACAGAACCAAGCCCUGAAGGAGCAGCUCAGCAUGGGAUCUAGAGAUAAGCAAAAGGAGAAUGAGAGGUUGCGGGAAACUCUGGCCAGGAGGACAGCCAAACUGGAGCAGAGUAGGAAAGAGUGUGAAGCUCUGAGGCAGGAAAACAUCCGACUGCAAGAGACACUGGAACACAGCAGCCAGCAGAACAUAGUGCUGCAAAAUUCACUGCACUCCAGCAAAGAGGAGCUGCACAGGUUGCAGGGUGAGGUGAAGCUCCAGAGGCAGCAGCUGUUUGACUCCCAACAUCUCCUCCAGUCUCUACGGGUGGAGCUGCAGGUUUAUGAAAAGAUGAAGCAUGAUUCUAACAAACUCGAUGAGUCUAAUGAGGCACCACAGCAGCCCGUCUCCGUCCCUUCCUCAGGCUCUGUGGACCUCGGGGAGCUGCUGUCAGAGAUCAGACAUCUGAGGCUGCAGCUGGAGAGGAGCAUCCAGACCAACACGGCUCUGCGGCACAAACUGGAGGAGCAGCUGCUCAGAGGACCCAAUCGAUCUGAAACCAUCAACAUCAACUACCUGCUGUCCUCUCCAGAUGAAGGAGGCAGGUCACCUGGUCAUGAAGGCUGUGAUCUUCAACGUCACUCAUUCCAGAGUCACGUCGAACACACCAAUGUCCUCUACGAUGGAAAACAUCAUGCUCCUUCAGAUGUGGAUAGUGGUUCAGUCGGCAGCAGUUCUGGUGACAGUGUCUCUGGUGCUCCCUCUCGGCUGGUGCCUGGGCACCGGAUGUGGGCCAAUCGCAAUGGACGCCAUGUUUUAGGCUUGAUUGAAGACUACAACGCCCUCCGCAAACAGAUUUCGGAGGGCCGUAAGCUGUCGCGCGGCAUGGAUGCACAACUGCAGGAGUGUCUUCAUGUAUUCAAACAACAGGGUUCAGAUGGCAAAGUAUUGGAACAGCAGCAUCUAAAGAGUUUAUCCAUCAGCACAAACACCAUGCAGCAAGUUUUGGAGGAAGCUGGCCGACUGCUCAAACUGCUGUGGAGAGUGGCCUUGCCAACUGGUUACACAGCAGGGGAAGGCAGUAACAACCAGCAGGAUGAGCUGCUGAAAAAUGAGAUAGCCAGACUGAAGAGCAGACUGUCACAGCAGGAGAGGAUGCUGAGCGGAGCAGUUAAACGUCUGCGCACCACCAACCAGCUUAAAGAGGGAAUGGAAAGGGUCAUCAUAGAUCAGUUGUCUCUGACUCACGGAGUACUGAAGAAAGCCAGGGGGAAUUUAGAGACAAAUUACUGUAUGCUCUUUGGCCUCAAAGGCCUGUCUGGAGGACCAGGCGAAGGAGGUCCCAGUCAGUGGCCAGUAGUGGACACUCAGCCUGAGCAGACGAGUGUUCCAGUUUCCAGACAGACUGAACAAAGACACUCUGAAUCCCCAGAAGGUCCCAACAGCGACGGCUCUUUGCACUGCAGCUACUAAACCUGCAGGUUAGGUUAGGUACACAAGCACAAGACUGCUUUUUAUGAUUUAGUUUGAUGUUCAGACAUGUUUCUGCCUUUGUCGAGCUGUAAAAUGAUCACCUUGUUCUCAAGAAACAGUCAAAGCCUUUUUUGUACCUUAAUUGCACAUGCCCUGCCUUUUAAUGAUUAACUUUUGGUACUGAAGUUGUAAAAGUUUAUCAGUGAAUUCUGUAAAUAGCAAUCCCUUCAAGUUAUAUAUUUUUUUCUUUAUUCUUUUUAUAUAAUACACAUAAGAAAAUGAAAAUGUAUUUUAUUACUGAUCAAUUUUUACUUUAGUGUUCACCAGUAAGCUUAUGUAUAGGAUGGCUUAGAGCUUGUGUGUCUGAGGAAUUAUGUGCUAAUGCAGUAAAACAAAUGUUAAGGUGAA